AUGGCACGACCACGAUCAGACACUACGAGCCUUGCAAAAGAGCCUCACAGCUUAUCGUUGAAAGCUCUUGCUUAUCCGUCCGAUGUCUCCGACCAAGACUUCGUCCUAUCGCCUAAUCUCUCCCUGCCACCUGCUUUUGGUUCAGCCUAUGUUGGCGAAACCUUUUCCUGCUCACUAUGUGCAAACAACGAGUUGCUAGAGAAGAGUGUUACCAAAUCAAUUAGUGGCGUACGUAUAUCAGCUGAAAUGCAAAUGCCGUCGCAUCAAUCUGUAAGCCUACCAAUAUCGACACCAGAGGACGAUGGUAAUGUCUCGCUCGCACCAGGCGCAUCGCUGCAGCGCAUCGUUCGUUACGAUCUCAAAGAGGAAGGUGUACAUGUGCUCGCCGUGAACUUGGCCUAUACUGAAACCACCAAGUCUGAAACUGGACCGUCCAGUGGCAGAGUCCGCACAUUCAGGAAGUUGUAUCAAUUCCAAGCUCAACCUUGCUUGAGUGUGAGGACGAAAGUCACAGAGCUCGCACCAACAGAGGUCCCUGACAAAAGUCUUGGUCCAUAUGGUCGAUCCUUUCUUGUUCGAUACAUCCUCGAGGCACAGCUCGAGAAUGUAGCUGAAGGUAGUAUUGUUCUCGAACAGGCGAGCCUUCUGGCAUACCCUCCUUUCAAGGCAACCUCGUUCAACUGGGAUGCAAAAUCUGGCGCCGACCAUGAAGACGAAGAUCCGUUGCUAAAUCCAAGAGAUGUACUUCAACUGGCUUUCCUUCUAGAGCAGGACGCCGGUAUUUCUGAUGGCUACGAAGAACUCAAGGUCAAUUUGGCACGUGAUGGUAGAACCGCUCUAGGUCAAAUCGCACUCGAGUGGAGGAGUGGUAUGGGUGAAAAGGGUCAACUAACCACAGGUACACUCUCCUCACGGAAGAGGGCAUAA